CUGGGGCCGGAUCCGAGCGUCGCCGCAGCUCUGCGCGCGCGUCUGUCUGCGCGUCAGUGCGCGCCUGUGUCCGUGUGUGUGUCCGUGUGUGCACGCAUGUGUCAGUGUACCUGCUGUCUGCGUGGGUCUGUGUGCGUGUGUGCCUGAGUGUGCACACAUUUCCGUGUGCGCCAGUGUGGACUCGUGUGCGUGUCCAUGGGUGUGCAUGUCUAUGAAUGUGUGCACAGGUCUUUGCGUGUCAGUGUGCGCACAUGUCUGCCUGGGUCUGUAUGCAUGCGUGUGUAUCAGUAUUGCUUGUGUCUGUAUGUGUGCACAUGCAUGUCUGUGUGGGUGUGCGUGUUUGGGUGCACGUAUGUGUGCAUGCAUAUCUGUGUGGGUUUGUGCGCGUGUGCGCGCGCGUGUUUGCAUGGAUCUGGGUCUGCUCAGGUCUGUGUGUACAUCUGUUAGUGGGAGCAUGUGUGUCUGUCUCUGCGCACAUCUGUGUCAUGCCUGUGCUUUAAGCUAUAAGAACGCUUUAAAAAUAGGUUAGCUAUAUGAAUGUAAGUUGAAUAAAAACAAGAGGUAAGUGAUACAGGGGGAUUUAGCCUGGAUGAAGAAGUGAAACCUUUGGCAUUUCAAAAGCAGGUGGAGCUUGCCUUGUGCUUUCUGGGCUGGUAGGAAGCAGGAUGGUAUUUGGGUGAUGCUGGUGGUGGUAAAGUCGUUUGGACUCUCACUUCUGCAGCACCCAGUCAGUCCAGAUCCUGGGAUAUUUAGUGGCGUUUCUGACAGUAUUGUUGCCUGUUCUUUAGGGUACCUCAGUCCCUUGUCAUUUUCAAGGCUAGUUAGCAUCCAGAGGCUCAUUUGAAAUGGUUGAAUAAAGUGGUUGUGUUGCUGAUUGCUUCCUUAGGACUGAAAUAAGGACAAGGCAAAAGAAAAAAUUUGAUUUGAAAAUAGUUCAUGUUUUCAUUCUCUGGUUCCACAACAUUUUUAACCACACAAAAAGCCACUUACCAUGAAGAUUGCACAUGACAGCAACAAGGGGCAUGAAGAGGAACUGAUACCAGCUGUAAUUUGCUGUGUACCCCAUGAAAGUUGCAUUGACCCUUUGACAUCCUUUUAAAGGAGCCUUGCUGCUUUGUGCCCUUUAAAAUGACUUUUUAAGACCAUCAUGAUCUGGGGACCUAAUGAGAACUUUCAUUGUAAAAUCUUUUGACUGUAUCCCUAUAUGUGUAGAACUUGUACACAAGUCUGGGAGAGCUAGGGGAUCGCUGCCUGCAGGUGCAGUCAUAGAAAGUCACCGAUCAGAGUGAAGUGCCCUGAGGGUUACCCCUGUCUUGUGGAACUGAGGAUUGGUUACAGUACUGUGCAAUACACACACCCCUCGGUUUCGCUGAGGAGAAGCACAAGGAACAGGAGCGAAUAUUUACUUUGUUUUAUUGCUAGACCUUGCAAAGUUGGUUUUAUGACAGAAUGGAAAAAAACUUAUUGUGUUAAUAAAGUGCAUGCAUGCACAAUUUCUGAAGAUUUUAAAUAAAAUAAAAUCUCUCUUAAUGUUUCUGUUCUAAGGUCUUAUACCUUUGUGAAGCAGUGGGCCUUUCAGUGUUUUCGGAAUUGGUGAUCGCUUCCCAAAUAAUAGUCUUGACCGUUAGAAAAGGCAAGGGGAAAAGAUUCUUUUGUUAGCAAUAAGCUGCUUAGUUAAAUAUGUUUUUUUUAUUUUUUUAUAUUGCAGACUGACAGUUUUAUUCCCUACUAUGUGAAGGAAGGGUGGGCAGCGAUUCGGACAGAUGAUGGAGGUGGAGGAAGUGUGUGUGUGUGAACAUGGUUUUUAGUUGGCCUAUGUGCUCGACAUGCCUCAGGCAGAUAGAAGUGAAUAUUGCUUGGAGGACUGCAAAUUGUUUAUGCCCUAGUUUUUCAGGAAUAAAAUUGUACAUCAAUCGCCGUAUUGCCAGUUCAGUUAAGAAGUGUUGUCACAAUUUUUUUGAUGUGUCAUGUUCUAAAGUGUUAUGGGUGUGUUCUCUGAUCAAAUUAAUUCGGUUGUCUAAUUGUGGAGUGAACCAGAGCAGAUGGCUGACAGGGAGUCCCAGGUGAUGCCGGCAUGUAAAUUUGUAGAGGUUUUGUUGUCUCCUGGGCUGUUAAAUCUGCUGUUCCUUAAGAAUCUUUCAAAUGGCCUACUAUGUCCCAGAAACCAGUACUUCUGAUUUAUUAUUCAGUUUCUUAGACAAGUUCCACUUUGGUGCACUAGUGCGUGGUUAGGACUACCUGUUUUGAAGUGGUUGAAGUAUGUUUAGUUUUGGGAGAGAAUGAGAAUCUUAAGCAUUAGGUUCCAUUUGCCCUGAAAUACGUUUUAACCAUGGUAAGAGACAGCUUAUUCUGACACCAUUAUAUUUGCAGUGUAAAUAUGGAGCCAUAGGGCUCUCUGAGAGUCUUGGCCUGGUGGACUGUAGGAGACCUGUGAACGAACUGCAUUUGAAGAGUCAACUCGGAGAUACCUAAAAUCAGGUGUUGAAGCUUGAAGACUUUGGAAGAGAGAACUUGGUCUUUGGCCUGGAGAUAUGUUAGAACAAGUCUGACAGAACAAAUAUGUGGCAAUCCGUCAGUUUUCAUCAGUACUUCAAAAUGUUAUACUGGCUGCAGUGUUGAUUUUAUUCUCAGCACAGCAGAUUGAUAAGGAAAUAAGUUUAAAACAUUGUGCAACAAGUUCCAACCUAAAGUAGCAUUGUUUUUACAGCUGUUUAUUUAGUUUAUUAACUAAAUCUUAGUCUGAAGAAGGUGGGGAGGGUCACACUGCUUGAAGAAGACAAAUAACCUAUGUUCCCCACUGCGAGGACUAUGCCACUCAGCCACUGGUAUUUGAAGGGCAAAAGAAUAGAAGGGGAAAGUGACAUCACAACUAAGCAGUCCAGUCACAAGAAUUAUAACUCCUCUCCAGGCUUCAACAGAGUUCUAGCUCUUACAAGAAAGAUGGUGAGGGAAAGGAUGAACCUUUAAUGAGGGGAAAAGUUUAAGUACCUUCUUUUAAAAAGUGGUAUCUUAUCAAGAAUAAGGUCCUAGCCACCAGCACACAAGCUUGGGACUAAAAGAAAUUUGUGAAAGGAGCCAGGCACAAUCUGAGGUAUGUCUGAACGUGGCAAUGAACUCACCACACUUGAUGACUCUCAACCAGCUGCAGAAGAGGUCCAGUCUGACUCUGAGGUCAGUGCAAUGGCUCAAGAGUCUCCCAAAAAUUCGGCAGCGGAAAUUUCUGUAACUACCAAUGGCCAGCUUGAAGAUUCGCAUGAACACAAUUUUAACAGGGGACUUGAGCAGAGGUGAAUAGGAUCUGGCCCUCUGAUUUCUGCAGCUUAGUUUACUUUUCAAGGUGGACUAAACUGCACAAAGGAUUUGAAACAUUCAUUACCAGUUGGACUUGGACUCUCUGAAACUAAAAUAACAUCUCAUGGCUCUGACAACACCAAAGAGGGAGUCAUUGAAGCAGGACCAUUCCAAGGUUCCUCAGCAUCACCCAAAUCAUCUGUUAUAUCUCCUAGCAGUGCAGCAGCUAGCAGACUGGCUGGACAAGGUUGUGAUUUAAUUAUUCCCACAGGUGGCAGAAUGCAUCAGAAAAGUGGGCCAGUUGUGCUAGCAGAUGAAGUAAAGAAUCCAGCCAUGGAAAAAUUGGAACUUGUAAGAAAAUGGAGCCUAAACACUUACAAGUGUACUCGUCAGAUCAUCUCUGAAAGGUUGGGACGUGGCUCAAGAACCGUAGACCUGGAACUGGAAGCCCAAAUAGAAAUACUAAGGGAUAACAAAAAAAAGUAUGAAAAUAUCUUGAAACUGGCACAGACUUUGUCCACGCAGCUCUACCAGAUGGUACAUACCCAAAGGCAACUUGGAGAUGCAUUUGCAGACCUGAGUUUGAAAUCAUUGGAACUCCAUGAGGAGUUCGGAUACAACGCAGACACUCAGAAACUUCUAGCUAAAAAUGGAGAGACCCUUCUUGGGGCUAUUAACUUUUUUAUUGCUAGUGUGAACACGCUGGUGAAUAAAACAAUUGAGGAUACCUUAUUGACUGUGAAACAAUAUGAAAGUGCCAGGAUUGAGUAUGAUGCCUAUCGCACAGACCUAGAAGAACUGAAUCUUGGCCCUCGUGAUGCAAAUACUCUGCCAAAGAUUGAGCAGUCACAGCAGCUAUUCCAAAUGCAUAAAGAAAAAUAUGACAAAAUGCGCAAUGAUGUAUCUAUCAAACUGAAAUUCUUGGAGGAAAACAAGGUUAAGGUAUUGCAUAAUCAGCUCGUUCUGUUCCACAAUGCCAUUGCAGCGUACUUCGCUGGGAAUCAGAAGCAGCUUGAACAGACGCUUAAACAGUUCCACAUCAAAUUGAAAACUCCUGGAGUAGAUGCUCCAUCUUGGCUUGAAGAACAGUAA